AUGCGCUCGUUUAUCAGCCACCGCAGGGCUGUGAGCUUUGGCGUUGAUGUCGGCACCUCGUCCAUCGCGCAGCCGCGCUGCAUUUCCUCUUUCCAUAGACUUACACACACCCACGCUCUGGGAGGGGGGUCAUCGUCUAUCUCCCGGGGCUUCCCUAUAGAGCACGGUGUUCGCCGGAACUACGGCACAACGGCUAUCCUCUUGAAACAGCACCAGCCCACCAACACCGGCGCCUCUGCGGCAUCGUCGCGCGCGAGCGGUCAGGCAAGCCGCAAGCAAACGCGGCAGAAGGAGGCGGCGGACUAUGGUACUGCAGGAGCCCUUGUGGAGCCUGCGCUAGAUAACGUUACGGCGGCAGCGUCCCUGCCGCUCGCCGCGUCGUCGUCGGAGGCCGUCCUGUCGACCGGGACCGGUACUACAUCGUCGGUGUCGCGUAACGUGUCAGGACAAGGCGCUGCAUGCAGCGCCAAGGCGGUAAGGCGAGGACGUAGAAGGCAGGAGGCAGCCGCCGUCAGUGCAGCACGUCGCUCCAGCACACCAUCGUCCAACCUGGUCCCCUCCUCUCCUUCUUUUCCGUCACAUGAGCGUCCCUCUGAUGCCGUGGCCACCCUACCGCCGCUCGAGCCGCCGAUGUCGUCUCUUGUCGCUGGCGAAGACGGCAUCGUCGUUACAGCGUCGUCGUCUCAGGGAAAGAAGCGUGGAAAGCGUGGAUCGACGGGCUCACCCUCGCCUUCGGACCCGGCGGGUAGUGCUGUCGGCGGUUUGGGGUCAACUGGGGCCGUCGCCGCGAAUACGGCGGACACCGCUGCACCGACGCCGUCCUCUCUCUUCGGUUCACCGCAGCCGGUCUACUACACGCACAAUAUGAUGGACACAACGCCCCGCACGGAAGAGCAGCGCGUCGCGGAGCGGUGCAGCAUUACGAAGCUGAUCAUGGUCUCCGGUUCAGUGUCCUUUCUCUUCACGACUCUUCCGCGUAGCGAAGGGCCGCUGAAGAUGUACGUGAAGGACCUCAAUCGCGCCCAGGCGCCGUCGUAUGACUCCGUUAGAACACUUGGCAAACAUGUCGCUCACAACCAGUAUAAUGCUGCGAUGAGCACCGAGAACGAGAGGGGAGUCGGUGUGAAUUCGGCUGCCGGCACGCCGACGCUUCUUGCGCUUUCGGAAAAGCAGUUCCUCGAGUUGCGGCAGCGCCUCUGUGCGGAGCAGCUUGCCACCAACACUGUCUUCAUUCAUGUGCGUGAAAUGGAACAGCUGGUGCCACCGCACCACCUUCAGCUUCCUCCCUUGACAACCGUAGAGACGAGCGAAAGUGGUGAUGCACAGAGCGCUGCCUCAUCCGGUGAAGCGGCUGCAUGCAACCAGCGGGAAGGCAAGACGCGCGGUCGCCGCGGACGUCGUCGUGGUAGUGUUCGCCCCGUGCGUCCUUUGUCGACCCCUGUUGCCGCCUCAACCCCACAUACAGCGCCGCUGCCGACGCUUUCUCCGGUGGAGCGCCUUCUCGCUUUGCAGGCGUGGAAAAAAGAGGCGGCGCGCCGUGCCGAGGAGACGCAAGCGCGCUACCCUGUUCCUGCUCAUUAUCACGCCAUUACGCGGGUGCGCUUCCACGAUCCCCACCAGACAGACUUGACGGUAGCGAUGGGCAGCGGGUGGUCCAAGAGCAUUGACUCCGUCCUGCGCGCGAUUGUGCGCAGCAUGCCGCAAGACAAGCGUGGAGCCGAGUCGGGCAGCUCCGGCAGCGACAGCGACGCCAAGUGGCUCACCGCUGAAGCGGAGGAGGACGACAGUGACGAUACAAGCCCGCCCUUCCCGAUGCCCGACCCAUCCAUGUACAGCAGUGAGGUGAGCAUGCACGUCGCCAAUGACGCACCAGAAGCGGAGGAGCUUCGCUUCCUCACCUCUCCCUAUACAGUGAAGCCACUGCUGACGGUGUGCGCCAGCUGCGUGCCGCGCCGCGAGGCGUGGAUCGGCACGUGCGCACCUGGCCCAUCAAUUGCGCCUGCCACGGAUGUGGAGUCGGGGUGGAGUCCCUACUUGUUGAGGGCGGUUCCAACGGUGCCGCGCUACUCGACCCGUAUCACUAUCAUGCUCGAGCACGAUGAAAUGGACCCUUCCGACCUCGUCUCCCUCGCAGAGAUCAGCACGGCACGCAAGUCUUCCCCACCCUCUGGAGCAGAGCUGCAUCCGUCGCCGGAUCGGCAGCAAGACGUCACGAUUUGCGGUGGCGGCGUGGACUCGACGGGGCAGAAGGUGGGGGCUCCGAAAGGGAGCUCGCUGAUGCCUGAUGGGGCGGACUUCACAGUGCCUAAAAAGCCACUGCACUUGUACUGCCUUGUGCAAGAUGCGGGCGAGUACUAG